AUUUUCCUCAAACAGCGCACAACACCACGAUGACCACGAUGAUGAUGCAUUCGUGGUUGUUUGCCCUUGUUGUCCUGGUCUUGCUGCUCCUCCAGCGGCGCACCGCGUUGGUUGGCGCGGAUGUGGUGCUGGAAGAAGAUGAGCACGGUGCGUUCCACAUCAACACCACCCAGCAUGGGCUUGAGCAGCAGCGCCCCGUGUUUGUGAAUGGGGUGGACGUGGCGGAGAUGUUUGAGCUGGUGCAGGAGCAGCACAACACGUUGCGCGACUUGGAUCGUGAGAACGCAGAGCAGGAGCAGCAGCUACGCCAUUUACAAGGGCGGCUGUGCCGACUCGCGCCGAGGGAGCCCGCGGCGGACACUACCACAAUCCCCGAGCUCAGUACUGACGUGGACAAGUGGCUUGGCGGCGUGCUGGCAAACAACGGUCUCAUCUAUGCCAUUCCAGUUAAUGCCCCAUCCGUCCUCAUCAUCGAUCCACGCACCAAUACAGUUGACAACACAACUCUGGGAGGGCUUCUCAGCGGAGGCUAUAAAUGGGGUGCGGGCAUUCUUGCCGACAACGGCCUCAUCUACGGCAUGCCAUACACAGCAGCAUCGGUCCUCAUCAUCGACCCGACGACAAACACAACGGACACCACGACCAUUGCGGGGCUGUCAACUGGCAGUGCCAAAUGGCUGGGUGGUGUUGCUGCGAACAAUGGACUCAUCUACGGCAUCCCGUGGAACUCCGCUUCUGUGCUGAUCAUCGAUCCAGCAACGAACACAGCUGACCUCACCAGCAUAAAUGGAUUUGUUGGAAGCAACAAGUGGUUUGGCGGCGUGCUUGCCGAUAACGGCCUCAUCUACGCAACACCUUUCUCUGUCGAGAGCGUGCUCAUCAUCGAUCCAGCCACCAACACAGCCGAUACAACAAGCAUUACAGGCCUCUCUGGCUCACGCAAGUGGGCAGGCGCCGUCCUGGCAAACAACGGUCGCAUCUACUGCAUGCCGCAAGACGCGGGUUCCGUCCUAAUCAUCGAUCCAGCCACCAACACAGCUGAUGCAAGCAUCAUUGCCGUGUCAUCGACUCAACAGAAGUGGCGCGGCGCUGUGCUUGCGAGCAACGGCCUCAUUGUCGGCAUUCCACUCACGGCUGAUUCCGUCCUCCUCAUUGAUCCCACGACGAACACCGCGGACACAACCACGCUCGCUGUGUCCCCAGACACGUUGAAGUGGGGCGCUGGCGUGCUUGCCAACAAUGGUCUCAUCUACGGCAUUCCUUACGGCGCCAGCUCCGUCCUCAUCGUUGAUCCAGGCUGCUGAAGCGCGUGCAUCUUCUAUCUUCUAUACCACGCCUUGUGAGAGAUGCCGCAGAGCUCAGCUGUUGUCAUCAUAGCAGCUGUCUGGCUUGUGCUUGGAGUCCUCUUGUCGCCGCCCUACGUGUUCUCUCUUUGCGCUUCUGCACCCUCUGUUGCCCCCCCCCCUUCCUCGAAGCUUUGUUGGUUGUGGGCUGAUCGUUGGUGCUCAUGCUUGUUGUUCUCGUUACCCUCGAUGUUUGGCACAUCCAUAUGCCCACAAGAGACCGCACCAUGAAUAAAUACCGAGUAGAAGA